ACAUAUCAUCCCUCUCUCUGCAAAGACGACGACCACUGCCUCAUCCUUCGCCGGCGAUAAUCUCGAUCUCCGACGGCCUCUACCUUUCCGCCGAUAGUUUUAAGCUUCGCAGCUGAAUUUUUAUCUAUGUCGUUCAAAUUAGGGUUCAAUCUUCAGCUUAAGGUACGAAAUCACCAAUAUAUACCUUGAUUAGGUUUUCCUUUACCGUUAGUUGUCCUUAUUUGGUCUUAUCGAAAUUGAAACUGGUUUCAAAAGGGAUAACGAUAAUUUUGAUAUUUGACGGAUUCAAAUUAGGGUUCACUUUUCAACAAAACAAAAUUUCAUAUACAAAUUAGUGUUGUGCUUUGUGUUUUUUGUUUCUCAGAUCUUCCAAAGAUAAAACUCAGGUGUUGGUGCUAAAUUCAGGAGCUUGAAGAAGAAGUUAAGCUUCUCAAAAAUCUCUCCCAUCCAAAUAUAGUUGUGUUCGACGAAUUGCCUCAUUAUUGGUUUGCUUGUUUCUUGACAUUGUUUGGCAUUAUGUACAGCUUAUUACAUUUAGUUCAUUAUUGAACUUAGUUAUGGAUCAUUAUUGAAUCUGGUGUGACUAAUUUGAUUGUUGUUUUCUUUCGUGUGUUUUAUAUUGUGAAGUUACGAAUGUAAAAUCUGUCUAAAGGUGCAUAACAACGAAAGAGACUACUUGUCGCAUCUUCACGCUCAUUUUCAAGAGAAAAAGUUCAGAGAUGAAAUGAAAACAGAGAACACUUCAGAUAAUGAUCUUUAUGAUUCAGAAUUUUCUGAACCUCCUCAUUUAAGUAAAUGGUUUCCGGACUAUGUCUAUGAAUCACCGAUGUUGGAUACAUGUUAUGGUUUUGAAUUCUCUGGCCUUAAAGAAAGUGAAAGUAUAAAGGAUUUGGAAAUUAAGAAAGAGACACCAACAAAAAUCGAUGACUUAGUCUCUUCUAAGAUUGAUGAUAUGACUGACUCGCAAGCUGCAUAUUCAGAGUUGGUAGUUGAGGAUAGUGACAUAGACGAUGCCGUAAUAGACAAAAACCGUAGAAGUCUUUUUCGAAGAGUGGCUAAGCGAAAACCUACAAUACCAACCGUGAAGAAGAACAUAUGUAUCCUCAUUGCUUCAAUGGAUUCCGAAGAAAAGCUGCUUUUCAUUAAUUCGAAAUGUGAUCCUCAUGGAGGAUGUUUACAAUAA